AUGGAAAAGAAUCCAUAAAUUUUCACAGAUUAGGAGAUAAAAGAGUAUAAGAGCUAUAAAAACGCAAUAAGAUUGGGAAUUUUUGACUUAUUAAUCUAUAUAGGAAUUGGAGUUUAUCAGACAAGUGCAUUCAGCUAAGCAAAAAAAACUUUGAUAUUCCCCUCAGCCAGAUUUUCUCCAGGUUUAAGUAUGUUACGACUUUUUUUGCUAAAUAUGGCUAUGGCAGAAUACUUAGUCGGUACAUAUCAUCUUUCUUGGCAAAAAUACUAAUUAGGAGAAAAAUAUUUUAGUAAUCUCAGACAUCCUCAUAUUGGGAAUGUUUAAGUAUAGCCCCCAGUGCAAUUCAUCUAAUCAAAUCAAUUUUUACCUUAACAUAGUCAUAGAAGUAUGCUUCAUCAACAACAACAAUAUCAACCAAAAUAAAUCGAUUCAUUGCAACAGUAACAAUAGCAAUAAUAAUAAAUACUUUCUUCUUCAUCCCCAUACAUUUGA